AAAGUCGGCGUCGCGAUAAACCCCAUAAAUAUAAUAGUAAUCCGAAAGGAUCUCGAAAAUAAACGUGGUACCUACCGUCCUCAAAAGAAUUAGGGUUCUGGCAACUUGCUCUAACAUCGUCCAGAAAUCAAUUAAUCGCUCAUGGCGGCUGAGAAUCCCAAUUGCACGGUUUACGUCGGCAAUCUAGAUGAGAGGGUAAGUGAUAGGGUACUGUAUGACAUCCUGAUUCAAGCUGGUCGGGUGGUGGACUUGUACAUUCCUCGGGAUAAAGAAACUGAGAAGCCGAAAGGUUUUGCAUUUGCACAAUAUGAAACAGAAGAGGUAGCAGACUAUGCUGUCAAGCUUUUUUCUGGCCUUGUAACCCUUUACAAAAGAACAUUGAAAUUUGCGAUUUCUGGGCAAGACAGGCCCUCAAUGAACUUGCCUAUGGUAAGUUCCUCUCACAAACCGAGGCCUCACCCUGUAGCGUAUAACGAAACGGGCGUUUCUCCAAAUUCCAUGAGGUUAUCGACAUCAUGCAGGUUUCAAGAUCACCAAGUAAACUAUUCACAAGUGCGUGUCACUCCUGGUGUGUCUGUAAACCAGCCAAAUGGGUAUAGAUCCAAUUAUGACAACAAUGAUUAUGAGCAUUCUAAUGGAUAUAGAUCACAUUAUGACAGCAACAAUUAUGAUUACAGUCGAAGAGUGUUUGGGGCAGCAUUGGAUAAUAUUAAUCGCUCUAGGUUGGGCCGAUAUGAUACACGUGAUUCUACCAGUUAUUAUGCCUCGUAUUGAUUUAUAAGUUAGGUGGAUACCAACUAUAACUUUUCAGGUAUGAAGCAACGUUGCAGAUGUGAUAAUUCGGGUAGCAAAGUAGAAGGUUGUAUAUGUAUAGCUCAUGUUUAUGGUUUUAGCAUUUGUGUGUAUCUGCAUCUAUGGUGUUUGUGUUUUAGCUUUUGCACUUAUGAAACCUGAAUUUCUUGGAACUUUAUGUUGUUGUAGCAACGAGGUCAUUUCUAUGUUUGUAAUCUGAAAUUAGAGAUCCUAGUAGUGAUAAUCAGUUGUAAUCAUUCAAUGGAUGACUUAUUCUCUUCUGUUUUAUUC